UUUCUAUAGUUAUUAAGAGAUGGUUUUAAAGGGUAAGAUGGUAACAGAACUUGGGAUCCGAUCACCUGCUGUCAAGUUCUUCAAUGUUUUUGCAAAGCAACUUCACAAUUUGCAAGACAUUGUUGACAAAGUCUAUGAUGGCAAGUUGCAUGAAGGAGAUUGGCAUGACACUGGCUCUGUCAAGAGCUGGAAUCUCACCACAGGGAAAGUACGCACAUUUAAGGAGAGUAUUGAAGCCAUUGAUGAACAAAGCAAGUCAAUAUCAUUCAAAAUCUUCGAUGGAGAAAAUAGUAAGGAUUACAAGAUGUAUAAGGUCCACUUGCAAGUGAUCGAUAUUGAGGAGGAAGGUGGUGUUGUUACUAUAUGGACCAUUGAAUAUGAGAAGCUUAAUGAAGAUGUUGCUCCUCCAUAUCACUACUUGGACAUUAUAACUGCCACCACUAAAGAAACCGAUGCUCAUGUUCUGAAGGCAGAGCAAUAAUAAUGCAAUAUCGAAAAUAAGUGAGUAACAAAUAAAAAAGUGUGUUUGGCACGAGGAUAAGUGCUAAAUUAUAAAAAAUGUCAGUGUGAAAUAUGCUUUCUAAAGAAUAAGGGGUUUCCCAAGUACCGAAAGAAUAAGGAGAAGACAAUCUAUGUAUUCUUCAGUGUGUUAAAUUGAGUGAACUAAAUAACUUUGUCUGCUUCUUUUGGGGCUUAUAUCGUUCCCAUGUACCCAGAGAACAGGGAAUAGUUGAUCAAAAUUUAAUGAUGUAUUCUUUUGUUAAUUUU